CUUAUAAACAAAACAACUGGAUUUGCAGGCGGUUAUCAUUUAUGCAGGCUUUAAUCUGACGGUUUUACCCUGUGCUCUGAGGAAGAAGAGCAAUGGAGAAGAUGAAGAUUAUUAUCCUGGCUUUUUCUAUUUGGUCAUGUCAGGUUAUUAGGGCUCAAACAUUGUGUUUUGCUCCCCUUGUGCCAAACGGCCAACCUGCACAGCAGUUAGAAUUCAUCUAUCCUACAGGACGCACCGUUAGAUUUGUAUGUGACGGCGGCUAUGAGUUUGAAGGAACAAAAUAUGCGCUUUGUGAAGAUGGAGCUUGGAGGCUGCCGGUGUGUAAAGUUCUAGACGAAACGUGUACCACUCCGCAUGUGCCAAACGCCAAACCUGAGAACAAGUCAGCAACAUCCUACGAGGAUGGACACACUGUUAGAUUUGUAUGUGACAGCGGCUACGAGUUUGAAGGAACAAAAUAUGCGCUUUGUGACGACGGAACUUGGAGGCUGCCGGUGUGUAAACUUCUAGUUGAAAAAUCACCAUGUAGUAGUAAACCAGCUGUGCAAAACGCCCGACCCGCAGACGAGUUAAAAAGGUCCUAUAACCAUGGAGACACCGUUCAGUUUAUAUGUAACAGAGGCUACAGGUUUGAAGACACAGACUCCGCACAGUGUGAAGACGGAACCUGGAAGCUGCCGGGGUGUAUAGAUCCAACACGGUGUACUGCCCCACGAGUGGCGAACGCCCGGCCUACAGGAUCGUUAGAGUCAUCCUAUAGUUCUGGAACAUAUGUUAGGUUUCAAUGUGACUACGGCUAUGAGUUUAAAAGAGGAGACCAAUAUGCAACGUGUGUAGACGGAACCUGGACGCUGCCGGUGUGUCAAAAAUUAUGUGGUAGGCCAAGUGUGCCGAACGCCCGAUCUACAGAAGGGUUAUCGACAUACUAUAGUACUGGAAGCUAUGUUAUGUUUCAAUGUGACUCCGGCUAUGAGUUUGUAGGACGACAUUACGCAAAGUGCGUAGACGGAAAUUGGGAGCUCCCGGUGUGUAAAAGUCGAGAUGAAACGGUGUGUUCUGCCCCACGCGUGCCAAACGCCCGACCUGCAGUAGAUUUAACAUCGUUCUAUGCUACUGGACGCACUGUUAGAUUUGUAUGUGACAGCGGCUAUGAGUUUGAAGGAACAGAUACUGCGUGGUGUGAAGAUGGAAUUUGGAGGCUGCCAGUGUGUAAAGUCAGAAAUUGUGGAACUCAACCCCUUAUUGAAAAUGGAGACAUUACCGAGCUACCAGAUGGAAAUGAAUUAAAAGCACAGUGUAAGAAACUUUAUAAACUAACAGGACCUGGAACAAUAAGAUGUGUUAACGGGAAAUGGACGGAGCUCCCGGUGUGUAAACCGCCGUGUAAACUGGAUAGGACAAAAAUUCUUCAUACUUAUCAUCCUGAUGAAUAUCUGCAGGAGGGUGAAAGGAAGAGAUUUUACUGUAGUAACCGUUAUCAAAUAGAUAUCAGCUGCACUAAAGGAACAACAUUCUAUGGUGAAUGUAAGUGCAUCCUGUGUUUUAUCGAGACAAAAGCAAUAACGGCGUUUCUCUACUUACAGAUUCAUUUAUCUUUAUUUUCCGCACAGUUAUUACAUAAUGAAUAAAACACACAGCACACAGCACUUUACCAGCUUCAGAUUUUUUUUAUCCAUUUAUUAUAGUCACCAUGAAUGUUGUGUGACCUCUUAUCAAACAAGUUAGUUCUGUUCUCGCUUACAUUCUAGUAACUAUAAACGCGCUGUUCCCUCACCGGCCGCUCUUCGUCCUCUCUUUUAACGUGACUACGCCGACACUGGAGACUCCUUCCAGAGAACUUCACCAUAUCAACGACUACAUACAUUCCAUACAUACAUAAUCUGUCAGUGCACAGUAUAGAAACAUUAACGUAUUAGAAUUUGUAGCUGCGCUAGUGUCAGAGCCGCUCUUCUAGAAAUGUAUUCCACCCUAACCUUCUGACCAAUCAGGAUCCAGGAUUCAACAGCGCUGUGGUGAAAGAAUGCAGUAAUAUUAGGACCUGUGAUCGUUAUUAUGCUCAGUUGCUUUAAUGAGGUUUAUUUGAGCAGUUUUGAACAAAAUGGAGGAUGAGGAUGUGUAGUUGAACGUUUUGGGGAUUUUAUUGAGACUGUCUCUGAUGG